AUGGGUUACAGCCUCUACCGUGAGCGGGAGGCUUGGCAUUUUAUCUCACGGCACAAUUCGGACUCUAAGCCACCUGACUAUGUGAAGGGUGGUCCAACUCCUUCGGUUUGUGCAGCCAUUGUAACUGUUCGGCGAGACUUAGACCACUAUUUCGAAGCCUCUGUUGGGUCACUAUUGGAGGGAUUAGAUGAGAGAGAACGUCGAGCUUUGUAUCUCAGGGUUCUCUUUGCCGACACCGAUCCUGGAGUACAUCCCAGUUGGGGUCAGAAAUGGGUGGAUCGACUCGUGGAUUCAGUCGAAACCUAUAAUGUGUCGGAAGCAGAACUGGUGCAUCUGCAACAACUGGAGACAGAACGGAAUUUCUAUGAAAAAGGGGUUUCUGACUACAUAUACGCAUUGCAAUCUUGUCAAAAGAUCAAUGCUUCGUACAUCAUCAUCUUCGAAGACGAUAUUGUUCUUGCCACCGGAUGGUUCUCGAAGACUGUAAAGGCGCUGAAGGACAUUGCCCGGCGGGAGGAAGCACAGCGGCGGCGAGAACAUCACCAGAGUUCUUGGAUCUACCUGCGCCUCUUCUACACGGAAACAGCAUUGAGCUGGAGUGACUCUGACUGGGCAUACAGACAUAUGCCACUCGUCUUUGGCAUCCUGAUGCUCUCGACCUUUGCGGUCCUGGUCCUCCUUCGUCGACGCCCUGCUCAUUACGUCCCACAACUACGUCUUCGUCUCGAUUUCAUGAGCAUUGUGGUGAUUUCUGUGGUCUGUGUUCCCGCUUUCACUGCGCUCAUCUACAUGAUUGGGAAAUACAGCUUGAGCCCACUCCACGGGGUUGUUGAAAUGAAUAAGUCGGGAUGUUGUACUCAGGGCUUGGUAUUCCCCAGCCAACAGGUGGACGGACUGAUCGCAUUUUUGAGCUCCAGAGGACAUGGACAAACGGACUCGCUCAUCGAAGAAUAUGCGGAUCAAACCCAACGUACCCGUUACGCGUUGGCCCCGCCCCAGCUUCAACACGUAGGAUUGAAGUCGAGCCGUGACAAUCUCGAUAUCAAUACUCGUAGUACGUGGGCAUUUUGGUUCGAGACGAAUGGUCCUAAGGUACUGAACAAGGAACAUACCGACUUGUUGGAGGAUAUAGAUGUCGAGAACAUGUUAAAGCAGGAGUGAAUCUUUCCAUUGAAAGAAAAGCGCUCUUUACAAGGUCCACAAGACUGUCGUUCAACAAGUCCUGCU